AUGGCUCCUAAGAAGCAACAUAAAGGCAUGGUGUCCCAUCAGGAAGGGGCAUCCAGACCUGCUCUGGCCCCUGCAGCUGAACGUCCACCUACGCAACAUGUCCCCAUCCAGGGAGGCUGUCAGGAGGACCGGCGGACUGAAUCUCCUCAGUCAGAGAACCUGGCGCCUGAAAGCAUCUGUAGAGGCGUCCGAGUGACGCUGGACAACAACAGCAUGUGGAACGAGUUCUACAGAUGCAGGACAGAGAUGAUUCUUACUAAACAAGGCAGCAGGAUGUUCCCCUACUGCCGCUUUCGUAUAUCCGGCCUGCAUCCUAGUAAAAAGUACACUCUGAUAAUGGACAUCCAGCCAUUGGAAAACAGCUGUUACAAGUGGACAGGUAACAGCUGGCAGGUUGCUGGAAAAGCUGAGAGUCAUAUAAAGAGCCAACCGUUUGCUCAUCCAGAGUCCCCGGCGACGGGUCAACACUGGAUGCAGAGUCCAGUGUCCUUUUACAGACUGAAACUCACCAACAAUGGCUUGGAUCAGGAGGGGAACACUAUCCUGCAUCCGAUGCACCGCUACUUACCGCGACUGCAUGUGGUGCAGACGGACAGAGCUGCUAAAGAUGUAAAACUGAACGGUCCUAGUGUUCUCACCUUUACUUUCUCCCAGACUGAGUUCAUGGCAGUCACUGCCUACCAGAACACUCGCUUUACUCAGCUCAAAGUCGACUACAACCCGUUUGCUAAAGGCCUGAAGGAGGACGGAUGCAGUUCACAGAGCCUGAAGCUGAAUCCAAACUCUGGCAAAGAGUUGCAAAAAGACGAAGGCACGCCAACUAUUCAGCAGCAUCCUGUGAAGAAGAGCUUGAAGUCGUUGCUGGCAAACCACAAACCCAGAAGCUCCAACACAGCAGUCUCAAAACCUUCAGAUGUUCAGAAAAACUCUACUACAAACAAAGAUCCGUCAGCUGCCAAAGCCCUUGGGGAAGCCUCUUGCAGCAUUGGCUCGCGUCCAACUCAGAAGUUAAUUUCUGAACUGAUUCGUGAGGCGCACGUUUCCCUGCAGAGGUGCAACCUGGAGCAGCUAGGCCUCAAUCACAGCAGCUCUCUCAAAUUAGAGCAAAUUGACACUAAGAACACAACCCUGAAAGGCAAAGGACAGGAGGUUCCUCAAAGAGAUGAUAUUUCAGUCAAAGAACCAACAGGGAAAAGUGAAACCAUUAUAAGAAAGAGGAAUGUUACGGAGGAAACACACCAUUUGAAUUCAGUAAGGUGUAAGGACAAUGCCCAGACAGACCGUUCUGUUGCUGAUGCUUCAGCAGGGUCCUCCAAAGACUGCCAACGUAUUCCAAAGACUCCAUCAGAGCAGACUGCAAAGCCGGACAAACGGCCAGCUCGGUUGCCUCUGCCAGCACUCGCUCUGUUUUUGAAGCAGCAUUCAACAAAAUCUAAAAAGACUAAGAGUAAACCAGACUCUUCUCCCCUAGCGCCCCCCUCUGAACCUUUGUCAGAAUCACUGAAUUCUGCUGCAGACCUUUCAAGUCUGCCUGAUAAACACACCACAAAUGCAAUCGACAACUUGAAGGAUCUCGGCGGCGAUGUCACUAAACUCAGUCUCCAAGCCUCCAGUGGAGACUUUCAUCCAGAUAAAGUGGUUUUGAAUGUUUAUCAGCCUUCCAGUGUGUCGUGUCCAGAUGCUGCUGCUUCAGGUCCAGUGGGACCAAGAACUGAUGAUCAAUCAACUUCGUUUUCUGAAAGUCCAGGUCCAGAGCAAACAGUCCCUGAUGGUACAGUGUUACCCAGCCCAGGGCAGCCAUUUUCUACCCUCGGGGAACCUACACCCACCCUCUCCUCAACACUUGCUACCUCAUCGGCACCUCCCCUUUUGUCCCCACCCCUGGACACAGUGUUACCUGUCUCAAACUCACCACAAACACCACCUGAGUCUUCAACACUACCUUCAGACUCCCCCACCUUGAAGUCGGAGUCUUUUCUUCCUGACCCAGAGUGUUCAUCUUUUGGCUUUGAGCCUUUGUCUCUUGCGAGUUCUCCAGAACCGUUACCUCCCCUGCCGGACUCGAUAGCUUUAGAACUGGAUGCAGCAUCUUCUGAAGCAGCUUGUACAGCAGAACCUCCUGAGGACUCACCGCCAAGCAAAGACUCAUCUGUGUUUAAAUGGCAUACAGUGUUACCUCUGCCUGAACCAUAUUUAGAUGCUCCCUUCACAACAUUUCAGCCCACAUCAGAGACUCUUCCUUUAGAGCUUGUUACGCCACCUUUGUUACCUUCAGAGACUCCCUCGCACCCUGAACCACAGAGUCUGAACACAACCACGCCUCCGCCGGAUUCCCCUCCAUCUUUUCGGGAGAGCGAACAAUCGCUGCCUUUUCCUGCAGAGCUGUCCCCCCUCGCCCUUCAGUUGCCGUUGUCUCCGACCUUCUCUUCUUUAGAUGGAGAGGGACUGUCACCCACGCCUUCCAUCGCUGACCUCGUGCACUUUUUCUCCACCGAUGAUGACCUUGGGAUGGGGGUGGAGUUUCCGAAUACAGAAGCAAUGGCUGUUCCAUGCUUGCCUCCACCUGCAGUAGAAGUACAGGAGCCUUCUCCACAGGUGCAGCCAGUCCCGGUCAACAAGCCCUACAAGCGCAAGAAGUACCGGCGGCGAAAGCAGCCCAGAAUCAAUCUGAAUCAGAAGACGGAUGACACCGCCUACAGGAGUAUGCGACCUAACCUGGAGGAGGUGGAGGAACAGUUGUUUGUCUCAUUCACAUCAAAGGAGGCCCUCAAACUCCACAUCACAGAUUCAUCUGACGGGUCUCAGACGACACCUGAAGUUCAACAAGCCGCAGACGAACCUGAGAAAGCUCUGACGUUUAAACCCUCAGAAGGUCUGCAGGAUACGAUCGAUGCCUUCCAGAAGAAUCUGCUGAAUGACCUGAAGCUGAUGAAGCACAGGCAGGUGAUCCACCCGGUGCUGCAGGAAGUCGGUCUGAAGAUGACGCUGCUGGACCCGACUCUGGCCAUCGACCUGCAGUACCUGGGAAUCCGUCUGCCCAUCCCCCCUCCAGGAGUCAGUCUGGAGCCGCUGACCCAGGACCUGCAGUCCAGUCAAGGCAUUUCAGCUGCGUUUGUGUCCAGAACAGGAAAAACUACAGAUGUGACUCAGAUUAAAGGCUGGAGGGAUAAAUUCAGUCCAUCAGAGGCUCCGUCCACGCCUGUAUCCUCCAAACCUGAAGCAGCUGGUCCCAGUUUGGAGCCGCCGAAGAAGAACCUGUCGGCGUUCUGCAGCGACAUGCUGGACGAGUACCUGGAGAACGAAGGGAAGCUGAUCGACGAGCGAGCCGCCAGCUUCUCCCAGCCGCCGGUGGAGCCGCUGGUGUACGAGCUGCCCACCAAGAGCACCAGCUACGUCCGGACCCUGGACCACAUCCUGAAGAAGCAGAACACCGGCUCUCCCGCCUCGGACCUCAUAUCGGGGUUUAUCCCCCCCUCAAAGAGACCCCGACUCACCAAGGCUAAAGCUGGCCGGAGGUUGGAGAGGAAGCAGCGAGGUCCCAAACCAAACAAACCCAGAAUGGAACCUGCAGCUGGUCCGGGUUUUGAACCGGCCUCAGCUGAACCCUCACAGAUCCAUGCAGGCCCCCUAUUGGACAACACCUCCAAACCAACCCUGAAGAAGAGGCGGAAGGUCAAACCGAAGGCCUCCUCUCAGACUCUGUCUGAGGACUUUGCUCCGCUGGAGUCGGACUCUGAGCUCGGUCCAAACAAGGACCCCAGGAAGGACAGGCGGCCCCUGAUGACCCGGUCCCUGCUGAGGCAGAAGGACCUGGAGGACAACGUGAUGUGGGAGGGUCGACCCAGAACCGGCAUCACUGAGGAGAGGGCCACCGUCGCCCUGACGUCCCUCUUCACGCUGACGGGCUUCGUCAGCGAGAACCCGACGGCGCCCAUCGAGCUGCUCCGGAGGAGAGCGCCCCCCGCCUGCCAGAACGAGUUCUGCAGGCUGGGCUGCAUCUGCUCCAGUCUGUCCCACUGCUCCAGGAUCAGCCACUGCGGCCGCCUCUCCUGCAUGUUCGGCUGCAGCUGCCUCAAACAGAAGGUCGUCCUCCUCAAGAACCUGGACGGGUCCGACUGCAGCCCCCCCUCCCAGCAGCUCCACAGCAAGAGGAGGAAGAGGAGGAGGAUGAAGAUGGCCUACAUCCUGAAGGAGGCGGACAGCGUUUCCCAGCCUGCCCAGCGAGUCCAUACUCUGUGGAGGAAGGAACGUGAAGACUCAGAUCCAGAGCCGGUCCACGUCCCUAAAGGCGCCCCUCAGUCCAUCUCCACCGCAAGAACUCUGGAGGUCAGAGAGAACCGAAGCAGCUGCGCCAGAGUCCGAGCCUUCAGAAGAAAGACUCACAAACAGAAGGAGGCGCCCAAAGAGGUGAACUCUAAACCUGCUCGGCUGACGUCCCUGAAAAAGAGGAACCUGACCCUGAAGGAGACCAAGACCAGAACCUCCUGUCCUUCUCCAGGUGAAGCCGUGGAGACUCCUCCUCAGAGUCCUCCAGAGGAUUCAACCCCGAAGCCGUCGAAGCGUCUGUUCAUCGUGGCCGACUGUCAAUGGGAGAGCAGCGUGGAUCAGAGUCGGGUGCUGCAGCACCUCUGCGAGGCGAUGGCUCAGGACCAGCUAGACCGGCCGUUCAAGAUCCAGAAGUACCUCGUCAGCCCCAUCAGUCAGACCGUGGAGGGUGACGGCGCCAACCGCUGCGUCCAGUACAAGGUCCGGAUCUCCAGAGCCAAACCAGAGCAGGAGAAAUCAGCAGGACCAACAAAACCAGCAGGACCUGGGAGACCAGCAGGACCUGGGAGACCAGCAGGACCUGGGAGACCAGCAGGACCAGGGAGACCAGCAGGACCAGGGAGACCAGCAGGACCAGGGAGACCAGCAGGACCAAAGAGCCAGAGGAAGAUGAAAGCAGCACAAAACAAACAGCUGAAGGAACUCAGACAGGUUAGCAGGGAGGCGGAGCCUCUGGAGGACUGGCAGCAGGAAGUGAUGGAGGAGGCGGAGCCUCUGGAGGACUGGCAGCAGGAAGUGAUGGAGGAGACGGAGCCUCUGGAGGACUGGCAGCAGGAAGUGACGGAGGAGGCGGAGCCUCUGGAGGACUGGCAGCAGGAAGUGACGGAGGAGGCAGAGCCUCUGGAGGACUGGCAGCGGGAGGUGGAGGACGGCGACGUUGAGGAGGAGGUCGGGACCUUUGAGCAGGUGGAUGAUGAGAAGAAGAAGAGUUCAGAGAUGAAGAUGAGGACGGCGACUGGCAUGGCUCUACCUUUCCUGACAGGAAUCUCCCCCGCCGGCUUCCUCUCAGCCAAUAAGAAGCAGCCGGGAGGAACAGACCACCUGAUUCAGGUGAACGGGAAGCUCUACCCUCUGGCCAAGAUCCAGCUGGGGAAGAUGGGAGCGCUGCACCCGGCCAAUCGUCUGGCCGCCUACCUGACGGGUCGGGUCGGGUCCAGCAGGCAGCAGCCAGCUCCUCCAUGUUUGUCCUCCAGUAGACGUCCUCAGAGUUCAGCAGCAGCGACCUCCAGCUCCUCUACUGUCUCCUCCAACUCCUCCAGCUCCUCUACUGUCUCCUCCACCUCCUCCAGCUCCUCUACUGUCUCCUCCACCUCCUCCAACUCCUCUACUGUCUCCUCCACUGUCUCCUCCACCUCCUCCAGCUCCACACUGUCCACAUAUAAGUCACCGCUCAUCAUCCCAGCCUCCUCCACAGCCUAUCAGCCCAGCAGCUCGGUGGUGCUUCCUGUAAAUCCGUCCCCUGGACCCCCUAAAGGCCCUCAGUUCCUGAUGAUUCACGUCCCAGCUCCGAUGGGUCAACUGCCCCCCCAGAUCCCAGGCGCCUCCCCCACCGGGCAGAAGAUGAUUCUGCAGCCGGUCCAGACAACGUCAGGCGCCCAGUAUUACCGCAGACCGGACGGCAAACUAGUCCAACUGGUUCCACUCAACAAGGUUAAACCAGUACCGCCUGUUCAGAUUGGUCCUUCCUUUCCCUCCGUUCUCCCUUCUGCAUCUCCUCAGACUCCAGCCAUCACUGUAGUCGGCCAACAAACUCCACCUUCGACCACAGUGAUCUCCUCCUCGUCCUCUUCUUCCUCCCUCUCCUCCUUCUCCGUGAACACCCUCGCCACCCCCCUCCCCCCAGGAUCUGGUUUCCUGUCCCAGAAGGGAACCUGCACCUUUAAGAUCCUCAACUCCGGCAGGGAACCCAUCAUCGUCCUCGGUAAAUCCUCCGAGUCACCCUCCAAGGUGGAGACAUCUCCAAGCGCCUUCACCCUCCUCCAGCCUCAACCCUCCGGCGCCCUUCCGGCCGCCGUCCCCCUGAUCUCCCUCAAACCCUCCUUGGGUCUGGGGGCGGAGCCUGGGGUGAAGACGGUGAAGGUGUCUACGAAGCCGCUCACUCCUGGACUGGUGGUGGUCCGACCGAAACUCGUUCCACCUCAGACCUCCUCAGACACCACUCACAGACCCUCAGCUCCACCUCCACCUGCUCCGUCAACACCUGCAGCGUCAGAGGCCACACCUCCACCCAACCCCACCCCUGCACCUGAACCAGAGCUUGCCUCCGACCUGGUGGACCUGGACAUCAUCUGCGUUGACGAUGAGACGGGGCUGGUUACCACGGAGAUGCCGGAUGUACUGGAAGUGAUGUCAAGCAGCGAGACGGAAAACUCAUCAGACUGCCAAGACUCGGACAGCGAAGAGGAGAUUCAGCCGACGAAGACUGACCCGCGCCUCGCACGUAAACACCAGGAGAAGACUCGUCGGGGGAAAAUGCGGCUGCUGUUCGACGCUCUGAGGAAGCAGGUCGGACUCAGCGGCUCGAGGACGUCGAAGAUCUCCACCCUGAACACGGCGGUGGAGGUUAUCCAAGAUCUGCAGAUGAUAGAGAUGGAAAUGGAGAAGAAGAAGGCGACGCUGAGGAAGAAGAGGGACCGAUAUCUGUGGAGACUCGUUCCAUCAUCAGCAGACCAAACUGAAGCUAACUCCAGGGAGGUCAUUGAUCUGAUCGACGACACCAUCGAAAUCUCAUCUGACGAGGAGAUUGAGGUGGACGAUGGCGAUCGGGGCGUUUCCAAGGCGACGGUGGAGGAAAACGUUCGGCUGAAGAGGAUGAGGAGAUCAGAUGUGGAUGAGACGCCAGGAACCACGAACUCUCCAAAGAAGCUGCAGCUCCAUCAGGCUCGUCAGGAGCUCCAGACUCUGCACAGCGCGAUAGAGGAGCUGAAGAGUCUGAAGACGAGUCUGAAGCAGCAGAGAGACACACAGAGUUCAGGUGAAAAACCAGGUAAGAGCGAGCAGAGAUCAGGAAGUCAGCAGCCAACAGGAGACACAAUUGAAGAUGGCAUCACGGCCACAUCACCUGACCCGCAGCCUCCACAAGCUCCUCCCACUUGUGGUUCUGCCCCACCCACUCCUACACCUGUCCAGCCUCUGGUCCAACAGGUAUUAAACACCGUCCUAGCUCAUUCUGCUGCGUCCCACAAUGCAUCUGUGCAGAGAGAUCGGCCGAGGACGAUUCCCAACAUCCUGUCUCGCAGGAAGACUCAUCCACAGCCACCUCAGAACACAACGACUGAAGAGGGUAAGACUCGCCUCGCACGUAAACACCAGGAGAAGACUCGUCGGGGGAAAAUGCGGCUGCUGUUCGACGCUCUGAGGAAGCAGGUCGGACUCAGCGGCUCGAGGACGUCGAAGAUCUCCACCCUGAACACGGCGGUGGAGGUUAUCCAAGAUCUGCAGAUGAUAGAGAUGGAAAUGGAGAAGAAGAAGGCGACGCUGAGGAAGAAGAGGGACCGAUAUCUGUGGAGACUCGUUCCAUCAUCAGCAGACCAAACUGAAGCUAACUCCAGGGAGGUCAUUGAUCUGAUCGACGACACCAUCGAAAUCUCAUCUGACGAGGAGAUUGAGGUGGACGAUGGCGAUCGGGGCGUUUCCAAGGCGACGGUGGAGGAAAACGUUCGGCUGAAGAGGAUGAGGAGAUCAGAUGUGGAUGAGACGCCAGGAACCACGAACUCUCCAAAGAAGCUGCAGCUCCAUCAGGCUCGUCAGGAGCUCCAGACUCUGCACAGCGCGAUAGAGGAGCUGAAGAGUCUGAAGACGAGUCUGAAGCAGCAGAGAGACACACAGAGUUCAGGUGAAAAACCAGGUAAGAGCGAGCAGAGAUCAGGAAGUCAGCAGCCAACAGGAGACACAAUUGAAGAUGGCAUCACGGCCACAUCACCUGACCCGCAGCCUCCACAAGCUCCUCCCACUUGUGGUUCUGCCCCACCCACUCCUACACCUGUCCAGCCUCUGGUCCAACAGGUAUUAAACACCGUCCUAGCUCAUUCUGCUGCGUCCCACAAUGCAUCUGUGCAGAGAGAUCGGCCGAGGACGAUUCCCAACAUCCUGUCUCGCAGGAAGACUCAUCCACAGCCACCUCAGAACACAACGACUGAAGAGGUCCAUCCUCCAGGUGAACCUCCGUCCAUCAAGGCUCUGAUCCCGACUGAGGUUCUGUCUCUGGUCCAGGCAGCAUUACCAGGACAACGAGUCUUGUUUGGCCCUCUGGAACCGACAGUGUUGCAGUCAACUCCGAGUCCAGGCAUGGCAUCCGUCACUGUGAACAUACCCAACCUGGCCAAUCAGCAGCUGCAUCUCACCUCCUUGCCCCACCCACCAGCUGACAAGAUCUGCAACAGCGCCGCCCCACUCACCCUCACUAACUUCACAGACUUCAGCAUGCUCCAUGCGGUUCACCCUGCAACAACACAACAAGAACAGAAAGAACAACAACAACAGUUAGACAAACAACAACAACAGCAGACAGACAAACAACAACCGACGGACAAACAACAAACACAACAGAACCGGCCGUUGGACCCUCAGUCAGUCUCUGUUGGAUCGGACCGUAGCAGCGACCAGUCCGACCUCAGACCUUCAUCCUCGCCGUCUGUUAGCACCGACCGUCAGUCGCAGGUAAAAGGGGCGGGGCCUCAGGAGACCAACGGUGACCCGGACAACGAGAAUCUGGCAUUACUCCUCAACGAGAUCUUCUUCCUCAACCAGCAGAACAUCACCACGAUGACGGCAGCAGGGGUCCCAUCACCAGGGAAACCAACCUCUGAGGUGGGCGAAGCCAAGGAGCGAGACCACGUCCACAGACUCCCACAGCCAGACUCGGACUCUACCAGCACCGUUGCCAUAGAGACAGAGGGGGUGGGGCUUAAUGGCUAUGCAGAGGCGACUGGCGUGCAGGAGGGACCAGGAAACACUAAAGGAGCUGUGCUGACUCCGCCCCCUCUGCUGCAGAUGAAGGUGGGAGGGGCCAAGGUUGCCCCACCCACCAGCAGUGACAGCGCAGCAGGAGGGGCAUCAGCAGAGAGGAGGGAGGGGGGCAUGGCCUGGAGGCCGAUGCCGAGGCUGGUUCCUCUGGGGUUGAGGGGGAACCCGCCCUGCUGAUGUCACGCAUGAUGUCACCGCAGCUUCAGGACCUCAUUGGCGGUCUGUGGGCAGCGAACAUUUUCUGAUUGGUCAUCAGGAAGAGAAGCGGAUCACUGAUGUUUACAGUCGAGCAGAGAUCGUGUCACCUUAUUUAUUUUGUCAGCGCCGUCAUCCUUUCAGUCUGAGCUCCGUCGUUUGUUUGCUUUAGUCGUUGUUUCAGGAUCGUUUCAGAAUAAAGUUGAAACAGAAAAAAUCCCGAUACGGAACUGAUAACAGAUCAAUACUGUAAAAUAGACUGAGGCUGUUGCUAUGGCAAUGGCAGGUACCCUGUCGCCAGGGUAACCGCCUUCUGAGGCGACCGGAGGGAAAAAAGUUGAUAAAAUAUUCUGAAUAAUUUUGGUUGUUUCCAAACUGUAAUUUAAAUAUGUUUGGCCGCGAUCAAUCGAUUUAUUGAUCACCAGAAUAACAAUCAGCAGCUGUUUAAUUAAUCAAUGUCAUUUUUCUGAUGCAGUUUACAGGCAGAAAACAGCCGAUAGAAUAAUCAAUAAUAAUAAUGUUGCAGCUUCAUUCUAAUAAAGUUUCUGAUCAAUCAUGUCGACUAGUUUGAAGCUGAGAAAUAUCAAAACUUUAGGUUUGCUUUAUUGUUGGGAUUUUAUUGUGAAAUCCGACUUUAUUUAAACCACGAACAAAAUGUUAGAAGAACAGUUGUUUGUGUUUCAGGCAGCAACUCACCUGUCCAGCUAGAAAACAGACUCUAACCCGUUUCACUUCCUCUGAAUGUUUUGAGUCAAAAUAAUUUUUAUUUCUGGCCAAAUGAAGAUUCUGUCACCUGAAUUUAUCUUUCAGAACCGAUUUAGUUUCAUAUUUUUAAGAGCUAAUUUAAAACGUUUUCGACGGUUCAGUAAACUUCAUUGAUGCUGCUCAGACGAAAUAAGAACCAAACUGAAAGAAAAGUUAGUUUUUUAAAGCGUUAUUUUAUCCUGUUGAAAUGUUUUACUUUGAAAAACUCUGAAAACUCGAAAGACUACAGAAACAUAAAACUCCUCCUUUAAUAGAAGAACGAAACUUUCUGUUCCAAAUGUUGCAGCUUUACUCUGAAAAUCUGAAACUGACAGAAGCUUUAUUUUUGUACUUGAAGGUUUUCGUUCAUCGGCGUCACGAUGAAAUAUUUCAGCUGUUUCCGUUUUCAGGAAAUAAUAAACUAUGACAGGAAAGUUUCUUUGUGUUGAACUGUGAAAACUCCUCGAGUUGGUGAAGAAAACUCACCUGGACUGACUCACCUGGACUCACCUGUAAAGACUCAUCAGGACUGACUCACCUUAACUCACCUGGAGCGACUCACCUGUAAAGACUCACCUGGACUCACCUGUAAAGACUCACUUGGAAUGACUCAUCUGGACUCACCUAUAAAGACUCAUUUGUACUGACUCACCUGUACUGACUCACCUGGACUGACUCAUCUGGACUCACCUGUAAAGACUCAUUUGGACUGACUGACUCAUCUGGACUCACCUGUAAAGACUCAUUUGGACUGACUCACCUGGACUGACUUGCCUGUAAAGACUCUCCUGUACCUGCAAGCAGGAUUAAAGCAUCCGUCUGUCGUGCGGCUCUGCUUUGUUUUUCUUAAAUUUGUAUUUUUGUACGAGUUAAAGUUAAACUCUGUUAUCUGAAUAAAACUCUAAUAUCAAUAAAGUUUCACUACGAA